GAGAGAGAGAGAGGUCUCACUCUCGCAUAGGCAUAGUCCCCCCUUCGAAAACCAAACCUGAGAGGAAAAAAAAAAAGCACGCCAAAAAAAAAAAAAAAAACACCAGAGAGCGAGAAACAAAAUUAGCAAAAAAUUUAAAAGGAGAAAGGACCUUUUGGAGAGAACGUAGAUGGAAUUACAGAAGACUUCAUUUCACGUUCUCAUGGCUGACAUUUGCACCGAAGCCUUUAAUUCUAGGGUUAAUUUCCCUCGUUUAGAUUGAGCUAUUUGUCACUACUCCAAAACCCUGGGAGAGAUAAAGUGUUACAACAGGGGGACGCUUCUUAAUUGUGUUUUUGCUGUUCCCUAGCUUCCCAAUUCUGUAAUUCAGGGGAAUUAAAUGCAGAAAACGGGUGAUUGUGUCAGAGUUUGAAGGGACCACUUGGCGCUAAGCAUUUUCUGUGCUCUUAUUACUUGUGAGCAUGUGCAUGUUCAUCUUGCCAAGUUUCUGAAUCAGUAGGAGGGGAAAGCUUGUAGCUACUGAGGUAGGAAUGCAUGGAUGUGGUUCAGGAUCUGCUUUCCUAGUAAAUGCUGAGGUCGAUUCCAUGGGAGGGGUUGUUGAAGGCGGAGUUGGAAUUGGUAUCAAGACCUCUCCGCGCCGAGCAGCAAUUGAGAGAGCUCAGGCAGAGCUCAGACAGGAGUAUGAUGUUCGUGAGGAGAGGAGAAGAGAGCUAGAAUUUCUUGAGAAAGGUGGCAACCCAUUAGACUUUAAAUUUGGGAGUGCAGCUUCAGUUAGUGUCCAGUCUACUUCUCUCACUGAUCAUCACACAGAACAUUUUGUGACUAGUGAAGCAAAAGGUAGUUUUGCGCUGACUGCAUCACCUCCCGGGGACUCUGUGGAAAGUAGUGGCAGACCCGGGGCUCCCACAGUUUGCGAACCCAAUAGUGCUGAUAAUUUUGAUGGUGAAAAUGAAAUUCUUGAAGGUGAAAGAAAACAUAAACAUCCCAGUAGGAGGAGUAAUGUUGCUGCAUCAGAACAGUCUUCCCAGAUGGAAGGGACUCAAAAUGCCAAGGAAUCAGAAGAUUCUGCUAUUGUUCGCCCAUAUGCUAGAAGGAACAGGUCCAGACCUAAUCGUGACGGUGCUCGAUCAAGCUCAACUGAUGUAGUUCAGAGUUCUGGUGGUUAUGGAUCUUUUUUCAAGGUUCAUGGGGGUUUGAGGGAUGUGAAGGGGUCGAUAUCUGGAACGAUCAAUCAGAAGGACCAGAUUACUCCCGUUUUUCACCCCCAGUCUGCCACUUCAAAUGGUGAUGUGACUUCUCAGAUAGAGAUUACAAAUACCCAGUCAAAUAUGGAGCUGGAUGGUGCUGUAGCUCGGGAAGCAACAACCAGCCUGUCUAAAGGUAGCAUCCUUGGUGAUAGGUUGGAUGUCUCUGAGACAAACAUCUCAAAGCAUAAUCAACAUGAUCAACCAUCACAAGUUGAUACUCAGAAAAUACCCAUCAACAUGGCUUCUGGAGAGUGCAACAAUGUUAGAGGAAAGGAAGAGGUAAUUUCAGCUGCACCUGAAUAUCCACCUGUUGCAGCUGCAGCAAAAACAGAGAAUGAAAAUGGUUCUUCUCAGUUAAAUGGUUUCGGUGACAUGAAAGGAGAUGGCAAUGAAGGUCAAAAUGGCAAUGGUGGAAUAGGAACUAAGGGAUUGGAUUCAGAAUCCUCCUCCACUCAAAACAUCCAAUGCGUGGAUGUGCAUAAUGAAAGUGAUUUUUGUAUUAAUGGAAGGAACGAUGAUAUUAAUGGGAUGCCUUUAAAACUAACAUCAGAAUCUGAAGGAAUGCAAAAUUCAGUGGCUGGUGAAAUGGGAAAUAAAAAGAAUGAAAUCAAGGCUAUGGACAGCAGUGCAGUCAUCAAGAAUGAUAACAAUUUUUUGAAUCAAAAUAACCUUGGUAAUGGCUGUGUUGUUGAAUUUGAUGAAGAAAUACAGGGAAGUUCUGACUUGCAAAAGGAUUUGAAAUGUCCUUCUAACCUUGUGGGAGUGGAGCAGAAUGACAUUGCUGCAUCUGAAGCUGAUAAAAAAUUAUGUAAUGUGUUGGGUGAUGAUGCAAAUCUUAACAAAGAAAUCAUCUGCCCUGGUGGAGCUCAGGGAUCUGUGGAUAUAUCUAUCAAAGAAUUACCUGAAUCUACUUUGUCAGAGAAAAAUUGUUCUGCUGCUCCUGAUCCUUCUGGUAGUCAUUUGAUAGUUGUUGACAAAGCUCAUGAGGAUUCUGUCUUGGAAGAGGCACAAAUUAUAGAGGCUAAACGUAAGAGGAUUGCUGAGUUAUCUGUUGGAAUUGUACCCUUGGAGAGCCACCGAAAAUCUCACUGGGAUUUUGUGCUUGAAGAAAUGAUGUGGUUGGCAAAUGAUUUUGCACAGGAGCGUCUAUGGAAAAUGACUGCUGCUGCUCAAAUAUGUCGCCGCGUUGCUUUUACCUCUCGGUUGAGAGUUGAAGAACAGAAUCAACAAUGGAAGCUUAAAAAAGUUGCUUAUUCUCUGGCAAAGGCUGUCAUGCAGUUCUGGCAUUCAACAGAGAUGGUUCUAAAGAAGGAUAGCCAAAGUGUUAAUUUGGCAAACUGCAAGCAGGAUUCAAGGAGGUUUGAUGGGAAUGAAUUUUCCAAGGACAAGUUCACAGAACUUGAUAAGGUGGAGGCAUGCAAAGAGUUAGAGAUACAAAAUCCUGGAAAGAAUUUUGCAUGUCCGAUUCAGGGAUAUGCUAUAAGAUUUUUGAAAUGUAACAGCUCUGUGGUUCCUUCUCUUCAAGCAGAAGCACCAGCAACACCUGAUAGAAUAGCCGAUUCAGGCAAUAUUGGAACUUCAUGGGAAGAUCACCUGACAGAAGAAAGCCUAUUCUAUGCAGUCCCGUCCGGUGCAAUGGCAACCUACAGAAUCUCUAUCGAAUCUCAUUUGGUACAGUGUGAGAAGACUGGCAGUAGCAUGCAAGAGGAAGUUGAUACAUCGAUGUAUGAUGCUGCUACAGAGUUUGGAUAUCAUGAGAGUGCAUAUGAUGAGGAGGAAGGAGAAACAAGUACAUAUUAUUUGCAAGGAGUUUUUGAAGGUAGCAAGGCAACAAAACAUGACCAAAAGAAAAGGAAAAACUCUAUGAAGUCUUCUGAAAGAUCAUAUGAAUUGGGACCUGAUUUGCCAUAUGGAUACUGCACAACUGGGUCUCAACAAAAUACUUUGAUGGGAAAAAGGCCUGCCAAUAAUCUUCAUGUUGGUCCAAUUCCAACAAAACGUGUCCGCUCUGCUGCUUCUAGGCAGAGGUUUACAAGUCCCUUUAGCGCUGGAGUUGGUGGGGGUCUGCAGACUCUAGCAAAGACAGAUGCUUCAAGUGGAGAUACUAGUUCUUUUCAGGAUGACCAGAGUACCUUGCAUGGCGGAUCCCAAAUCCAGAAGAGUGUGGAGGUUGAGUCAAUUGGGGACUUUGAAAAGCAGUUACCAUAUGACUGUGCUGAGACAUCAAUGAAACCAAAGAAGAAGAAGAAGAUUAAGCAUUAUGUGGGUCCCACUUAUGAGCAGGUUUGGCAUCUGGAUUCCACUGUUCAUAAUGAACAGAGGGAUAAUUCCAAGAAGAGAUUGGAUAGUCAUCAUUUUGACUCUAAUGGUGCUAGUGGUUUAUUAUAUGGGCAACAUACUGCGAAGAAGCCAAAGAUACUUAAGCAAUCACUAGAUGGUGCUUUUGACAAUAUGGCUCCAAUGAGUGGUUCGAUUCCUUCUCCCGCUGCUUCCCAAAUGAGUAAUAUGCCCAAAAUCAUAAAAUUUAUUACUGGCCGUGACAGGGGUAGAAAACCCAAAUCACUGAAGGCGCCUGCCGGGCAGCCAGGUUCUCGAAGUCCAUGGUCACUUUUUGAAGACCAGGCACUUGUUGUCCUUGCACAUGAUAUGGGUCCUAAUUGGGAGCUUGUAAGUGAUGCCAUUAACAGCGCCCUUCAAUUUAAGUGUAUAUUCCGCAAGCCAAAAGAGUGCAAAGAACGUCACAAAAUUUUAAUGGAUAAGGGUGCUGGUGAUGGGGCUGAUAGUGCUGAUGAUUCAGGGUCUUCUCAAUCUUAUCCAUCAACUUUGCCUGGCAUCCCGAAGGGCAGUGCCAGACAGUUAUUUCAACGUUUGCAAGGGCCAAUGGAGGAGGAUACUCUCAAGUCUCAUUUUGAAAAGAUUAUUAUGAUUGGGAAGAAGUACCUUUACAGGAGGAGUCAGAAUGAUAACCAGGAUCCUAAACAAAUAGUACCAGUUCACAGUUCUCAUGUUAAUGCCCUUGAACAAGUACCCACAAACAAAAAUGGAGGUGUUUUGACGCCCCUUGAUAUCUGUGAUGCAUCAAGCCCAGAUAUUCUUCCCAUUCAUGCUAGUGGUUUAUCCACGCCAAAUCAAGGUGCUGUAGGAUCAAUGCUUCCUAUUUCUGGGACAAACUCUUCUCUGCAAGUACCUCCUGGUGUGGUUCUUGGCAAUAACUCGUCACAACCUGGGCCACUUAAUGCUCCCAUCAGGGAUGGUAGGUACAGUGUUCCAAGAACAUCUUUACCAGUUGAUGAGCAGCAGAAAAUGCAACAUUAUAAUCAAAUGCUAUCUAACAGAAGUUUGCAGCAGUCUAACUUACCUGUUUCUGGGGCUCUUUCUGGAGCUGAUCGUCGUAUUCUUCAGGGUGGAAAUCCUGUGGGCAUGAUGUCUGGGAUGAACAGAAGCAUGCCACUGUCUAGGCCAGGCUUUCAGGGAGUGGCCUCAUCAUCGAUGAUGAAUUCCACUAGUAUGCUUUCCUCAGGUGUGGCUGGGAUGCCAAGCCCUGUAAGUAUGCAAUCUGGAAGUAGUUCUGGUCAAGGGAAUUCAAUGAUGAGAUCUCGUGAGGCUUUGCACCUGAUGCGGACUGGCCAUAACUCAGAGCAUCAAAGACAAAUUAUGUCUCCUGAACUUCAGAUGCAAGGAAACAGCCAAGGGAUUCCUGCUUUUAGUGGGUUGACUUCUACUUUUGCUAAUCAGACGACCCAAUCGGCUGUGCAGGCGUAUCCUGGCCAUCCCCAGCAGCAGCAUCAAAUGCCUCCACAACAAUCUCAUGUGAUUAGCAAUCCUCAUCUUCAGGGUGCCAAUCAUGCUACAGGACAGCAGCAAGCAUAUGCAAUCCGUUUUGCUAAAGAAAGGCAAAUGCAGCAGCGGCUUCUGCAGCAACAGCAGUUUGCUUCAUCUGGUGCCUUGAUGACACAUGUCCAACCUCAGCCCCAACUCCCCAUGUCUUCAUCUAUGCAAAACGGUUCCCAGGUUCAGCCACAAACUUCAUCACAACCAGUAUCACUUCCCUCAUUAACACCUUCUUCUCCUAUGACUCCCAUAUCAGUACAGCAGCAGCAGAAACAUGCCUUGCCACAUCACGGGAUCAGUCGGAACUCUCAAACUGUUGCCAGUGGGUUGACCAAUCAGAUGGGGAAACAAAGACCACGGCAGCCACAGCAACAACAGCAGUUUCAACAGUCUGGCCGGAUCCAUCCUCAGCAGCGACAACACUCACAAUCUCCCCAGCAGGCUAAACUUUUGAAGGGAAUGGGAAGAGGGAAUGUGGUGGUGCAUCAGAACCUUCCCACUGAUCAUUCUCAUUUGAAUGGCCUAUCCGUGCCUUCAGGAAAUCAAAGUGCAGAGAAAGGAGAAAACAUCAUGCACUUGAUGCAAGGUCAAGGCUUAUAUUCAGGUACUGGCUUGAGUUCAAUACAACCAUCUAAACCAUCGGUUGCUUCUCAAUCCUCGAACCAGUCUCAGCCGCAGCAAAAGCUAUUUUCUGGCUCAGCGCCACCUUCAUCGAAGCAACUGCAGCAGAUGCCUUCUGAUUCUGAUAAUAACUCUCAAGGUCAUGUUCCAUCAGUAACUGGUCAUGCACUUUCUGCUGCACAUCAAGCUCUUCCAGCAGGCAUUAUUGCUUCCAACCAUCAGCAUAUGCAGCCACAGUCACAAACACACCAGAAGCAGACUGGUCAAGCUAAACCAACAGUUCAAAGAAUGCUUCAACAGAGCCGUCUGUUGAAUUCUGAUCUGCCAACCAAGUCGCAAACUGAUCAGAGUCCUAAAGAACAGCAGGCGGCAAGCAAUGUUUCACAGAUGGGCAAAAGUACAACCACAUCAAUUUCUCAGGCCUGUAAUGAUCCAGCUAAUGUGGUUGUUUCUUCUUCUGUUGUUUCUCAGUGGAAACCAUCUGAGCCCUCAUGUGAUUCUGUUGUGACAAAUCCAGCCUCUCAAGUGGGUUCUAUUGGGAGCCCACCUCUUACAAAUUCAGCUGGAAGUGAGGCAGUGGCAUCUGUCAACCAGGGUUUAGGCCAGAGGCAGUUAUCAGCAGGCUUGCCCCAACAUGGGAGUGCUGGAGCACAGUGGCAGCAGCAGCCACAGUUAUCACAAUCAAGACUGCAGCAACCAUCACAACCACCCUCUUCUCAACAACUGUUUCAGGUACAAGAGCUGCAGCGGCAGCAGGAACAGCAGUCACCUCGGCAACAGUACUCUCAGCAGCAAACACAGCAUCUUCAAUCAGCACAAGGAAAUAUUUAUAUCAGGUCUCCCAAUUCUCAGCUGGAAUGAAGCAAUCUAACAGAUUGAGCUGUUCCUGAACCAGCUGGUGCUGCUAAGACUUGGGUUUGCAUGCCCUUAUAGCAGCAAUGUACAGAUGAGGCUGACUACUAACAAGGGCAUUGCAAAAGGGAAAGAGGUGGUGAUUGUUAUUUGCAGAUUUUGUUAAAAUUUACUGAAGAGAUGUCUACGGGCCAAAUUUUUUUUCCCUUUUAUCUUUUUUUUUUUUUUUAUCAAAAUUUGGGGAAAUCAUGUAAAUUACCACUUGUCUAGAGCUUUUGGAAGAUGGAGACGGAUAUAGGUAUGUGUACAGGGUCUCAUCUCUCCAGUUCUUUUUUACUUUUCCCCGCCAAUGGCCUGGUUUCCGUGCUCAUGUGCAGAGGGGCCUGUUUCUUUUUUGCGCCCCAUUAGGUUAGUGCAUGUGUUUGUUACAGUUGCAGAUGACGUUGGUAGUGAUCAUUGUUAUGGGCAAAAGCCUCCUGAAAUUUUGUGAAUACAAGAUCUCUGAUGCACACACUAGUCCUUGUUAGUGCGAUUA